AUGUACCUCUUAAUUCCUCUAAUCAUUACGGUCAACUGCGCUGAAGCAAGCCAUGCCGAAGCUGAACUCUACAGGAAUUUGCUUAAGAACUACAGCGCUGCAGUGAGACCAGUGAGGAAUCCCAAUAGGGUUCUCACCGUCUCGAUGAAGAUUUUCCUCCAACAAAUCCUCAACGUUGAUGAGCAGGAUCAAGUGAUCGAAGUGAAUGCUUGGCUGAAAUAUAUCUGGCACGACUAUAGAUUACGAUGGCGUCCGAUUGCCUACGAGAAUAUAACAUCCGUACGUUUUCCUGGAGAUGAACAACAAAUAUGGCAGCCAGAUAUUCUACUUUACAACAGUGCAAAUGAACGCUUCGACUCGACGUACAAAAGCAACUUGGUGGUGUACAGUAACGGGCAAGUGAAUUGGAUUCCUCCAGGAAUAUUUAGAAUUACUUGUAAGAUGGAUAUUACCAUGUUCCCAUUCGAUGAACAGAUUUGUUUUUUAAAGUUCGGAUCGUGGACAUAUCAUGGUUUCGCGCUGGAUCUCAGCCUUGAAGACCAAGAGAACAGUGAGCCAUCAAUGGACAUCUCCACGUAUAUUUCUAAUGGCGAAUGGCAGUUGGUGAACGCUCCGGCGAGAAAAGAAGUGACCUACUAUCAAUGUUGUCCUGAACCUUAUCCAACUAUCAAAUUUUAUAUGCACCUAAAACGAAGAUCUCUCUACCAUAUGUUUAACAUCAUUACACCUUCGCUAUUGAUCUCUGGAAUGACAGUUCUCGGAUUUUGUCUUCCAGCUCAUGAUAUGAGCGAAAAAAUUGGAUUUCAAACAACUAUCCUACUAUCAGUCUGUUUCUUCCUGACAAUCCUAUCGGAAAUGACACCUAUCACAUCGGAAUCGAUCCCUCUGCUAGGUAUCUUCUUCUCGUCGGUGACGUUAGUCGUAACUAUGUCGACAACAUUUACUGUAUCUGUGCUUAACGUUCGUUAUAGAGACCAUGCAAAUCACAAAAUGCCAAGAACGAUGCGCUACGUUUUUAUCGAGCUAAUACCUUGGUUAUUGUUGAUGAAACGACCUGGAUAUAGAUUUUCUUCCGGUAAAGGAGUGAGUAAGGAUAGCUCAAAUGAUUCGCAUUGUGUACAGUGCGCUUUGCGAGAUGGUGGUGAUCUUUCGUUUAGCUGCAGUGAGUUAGACGUGGAUAAUCCAGAGGUUCUAAACUCAACGCUUCAGACGAUCCCAGGCGAGAAGUUAGAAUUAUCUCGAAAAGUAGGAGAGGGACUUUUUGUGCCACGGAAAUGCGAAAGUUCACGAAAACAUCGAGUGGAACGCUGCGAACGAUAUGUGAACAAAUGCAAGCAAUUAUCCGCAGCAACGACAGAAUCACAACAUCUGAUGCUGAUCCUCGAUCUCUACGUGUUGAUAUCGCGUCGACUACGUGGUCUGCGGGAGCGCCUCGACGACAACAUUGUUAAGCGUGAAACAAUAGAAGAAUGGAAAUUUGCUGCGUUGGCGCUCGAUCGUUUGUGCUUGUACUUGUUCGGUAUUCUGCUUAUCGUCUGCAUUGUGUCCAUCUUCAUUAUUGAUCCAGUCACACAGUCUCAAAUCACAGAGGACCUACGGAAAUUUAAGAUCCAUGCAAAUGAUUUAUGGAAGGAAAUACUACGUACACGUAUCUAUAUUUCAAUCACUACCGAUUCACAACAAUCCGUCAGAGAAAAAAGAGAAGAAGCUGCAGGAUGCUCCUGCUCAGAAAUCUGUCCACCAGGACCCCCAGGACCCGCAGGACCCGAAGGGAUCCCAGGCUUCCCUGGAAUUCCAGGUCCGGACGGAAGUCAUGGACUUAGCGGCGAUCAACUGAACAUGGAGACAAAGGAGUGUAUCAAAUGCAUGCAAGGUGCACCUGGAAUCCAGGGAACACCUGGAUCAGCAGGGCUGCCAGGAAAUCCUGGUCCUCGUGGGCUCGAUGGAAGCAUUGGAAUAGCCGGACCACCGGGUCCACCAGGGCUGCAGGGAUCAGUAGGCCUUCCAGGAAGCUCAGGUAUUCCUGGCACGCCUGGAGUUCCUGGAUCAAAUGGAAUCAGACGAAUAAGCAUCCCCGGACCGCCAGGGCCACCAGGACCACAAGGAAGUCAAGGUCCACCAGGGGAAGAUGCAGCGAUUGUGCCACCUCCUCCUAUUGGUCCACCGGGACCACCUGGUACACCCGGAUCACCUGGAAAUCCUGGAAGGGAUGGAAUCGCUGGGCCACAAGGCUCUGCAGGUGCGCCUGGUUCAGAUGCUGCAUACUGUGCGUGUCCUCCACGGACUCGUCAGGAUUCAUACGUACAACCAGAAGCGCCGAAAAUGCAAGAAAACACUUAUACGUAUGGAGAGCGCAAAGGAGGGAAUCCGAUGGAACCUCCAAGUGUGACCUACGUAGCAAAACCUCCGGUUAACUUCGAUCGAUACAAGCUUGGGAAUAGCCCCUACACACAUAUACCUUUCACGCAAUAA